AUGUCGAGCUCUCAGGACAAGCUUGAUAAGAUGCAGCUCCGGCAGAGUUACCGGAAUGUAUGGCAUUCUGAUCUCAUGAGCACUGUCUCAGCCGAUACUCCUUUGGACCUUGUGUUUCAUACUUACUCCGAAAGAGAGCACUUUACAAUGACAUGUCAAGGUAUACUUGUUGUGGGGGAUAUAUGCCUUGUAGUGGUAGGUGUGGAGAAAGCAAAUGCCCUCAAUUCUGUCUUGCCACUGAGGGUCUGCGCGUGUAUGCAGACACAACAUAAGAUCGAGAUGGACAAAAGAGAUGGUGUGAUUGGUUCACAACCAAUGUCAGUGCCACCGGCUCAGCAAAUGUCUCGCAUUGAUCAACCGGUUCCUCCCUUUGCCGGUUACCCUCCAGCCAAUGGCUAUCCUCAGCCUUACUAUCCACAUCCUGGCCAUGGUUACCCUCCUGCUCCAGGCUAUCCACCUACCGCUCAUGGUUACCCUCCAGCUCCAGGCUAUCCGCCAACCGGACAUGGUUACCCUCCUGCACCAGGCUAUCCACCAACCGGACAUGGUUACCCUCCUGCACCGGGCUAUCCGCCUACCGGCCAUCCCUCAAAACAAGAACCUUAA